GGCAUGGGAUAGCGAAUCGGACCCAGGAUAGCUAGCUAGAAUCGAUAAAGAUGGCGACAGCGAGAGACACCGAAGAUAAAAUUAUUAUCGCUAAUAAAAAUAAGACAUAUUUAUUCAGAUAGGUGCAGAAAGGAUACCUUUAUAACAAAAAUAAAUUCGCUCAUAUUGUUGCAUUUUGUUUUUAACUUAAAGUCCCGACUGCGCAAGCGAUUUGUUUUCAGAGGAGCUCCACAGUUCUAUGUCAAGUUAGCUGUGUUGGCUAGCUAGCCUGAUUGGAUCUCAAUCGCUAAUGGAUUUCUAGGAUCAGGACGAAUGUCGUUUGACUGAAAAUCGACUUUACGCGGGAUUGAAUUGGCUACAAAUUGUUCAUGAACCGAUUGGAUAACAUCGUUUAUUUUACGUUGGGAACAUAGCCAUUCCGCUGGCCCGGUGACACGGAGAGUCGGGGUGCCUGACCGUCAUGUAUUUUUUAACUGGCUGGCCCCGGAGGCUACUUUGUCCACUGAAAAGUGAAGAGGAACCGUUUCAUAUUCAUCCCAACUCACAGAGGUUUUACUUCGCUGUGUUGUCAGAGACUCAACUAAGCAUCUGGUUUAGUCGGCCUAGUGUUCUGAUAGUGAGCUACAUAGAGUCAGUGAAGGCAGCAGCUCAGUUUGGCUUCUAUCAGCAGGCCGAAUGGAAGCCGGACGAUUCCAUGAUAGCAGUGGCGGCUGCUAAUGGCUACAUCCUCAUGUUUGACGUGGUGGGAGGAGGAGAGGACAAGUAUCUUUAUGAGCCAGUCUAUCCCAAAGGGAGUCCACGUGUCAAGGUCACCCCAGGUUAUAAAGAAGAGCAGUGUGCCCCCGCUCUCAGCCUGGAGAUGAAGAGACCCAUAGAUCUGGAGGCUCCCAUCACCAGUAUUAAGUCUCUUCAGGAGGACUUGUUGGUGUCUACAGCUGAUGGCUACCUCCACAUCCUCCACUGGGACGGAGUCAGCAAUGGCCGGAAGGCUAUCAGUCUCUGCACCGUCCCCUUCUCCCUGGACCUUCAGUCAGCACGCGGUGGUCCGUCUCUGGAUCUGGAGGGGCUGUACAUCAGAGACAUGGAGUACUGCGUGACUCUGGAUGGCUUUGCUGUGGUGCUUGACGACGGGAGGCUGGGAUUCAUCAGUCCUGUAGCCAGCAGGUUUACCGCGGAACAGCUGCAGGGCGUCUGGGCAGCUGACGUAACAGACGGAACAUGUGUGGCGGUCAACAAUAAGUACAGGCUGAUGGCGUUUGGUUGUGCCAGUGGCUCAGUAUUGGUGUACAUGAUUGACACCACCACAGGAUCCAUGCAGCUCUCCCACAAGCUGGAGCUCACCCCGAAACACUUCCCUGACGUGUGGAACAAGACCGGCGCGGUGAAGCUGAUCCGCUGGUCCCCCGACUACAGCGUUGCCAUGGUGACCUGGGAGUGCGGCGGGCUGUCUUUAUGGAGUGUGUUCGGAGCACACCUCAUCUGUACACUCGGGGAGGACUUUGCGUAUCGGUCAGACGGCACGAAGAAGGAUCCUAUAAAGAUCAGCUCUAUGUGCUGGGGAGUGGAAGGUUACCACCUGUGGGUCAUCACCAGUAGAGAGGAAGCAGAGCUUGUAGAGAACAUUGAGGGGGCUCCACCUCCUACCCAGACCAAGCAGGCGGGCAUACUGCAGUUCCACUUCAUCAAAAGCGCCCUCACCGUUAACCCCUGCACGAGUAACCAGGAGCAGGUUUUACUACACGGGGAAGACCGUCUGUACCUGACCUGUGGUGACCCCACCCAGGUCCCAUCCAGCAGCUCCGAUGGCCCUAACACCCCUCACCCCCAUAACCUCGCCCAUGGCCUGGAGGGCAGCCCCCUUCACCAUCGCUCCGCCCCCUCACCCAACUCCAUCUCUCAGGGACUCAGCACUUUACUGGGACACAAGCACUGGCACGUGGUCCAGAUUCACAGCACAUACCUAGAGAGUAAUUGGCCUAUACGGUUUGCAGCCAUAGACACAGCAGGCCAGUGCAUAGCGGUGGCAGGGAGACGUGGCUUUGCACAUUACUCCAUGUCCACCAGGAAAUGGAAGCUGUUUGGGAACAUCACUCAGGAGCAGAACAUGACCGUGACAGGGGGGCUGGCCUGGUGGAACGACUUUGUCGUUGUUGCCUGUUACAAUUUCACCGACCGGCAAGAAGAGCUGCGUCUGUACCUCCGGUCGUCCAACCUGGACAAUGCCUUCGCCUCCGUCACCAAGCUGCACUCUGACACCCUGCUGCUCAAUGUGUUCAGAGACCUGAUCGUCCUCUUCAGAGCAGACUGCUCCAUCUUCCUCUACAGCAUCGAGAGGAGGCACGACGGGCCCAACCCGUCAGCCUGUGUUGAGCUGCUUCAGGAGGUGUCCAUGUCCCGCUACAUCCCCCAUCCUGCCCUGGUGGUGUCUGUCACCCUCACCUCGGUGCGCACAGAGACCGGCAUCACGCUUAAAGCCCCACAGCAGGCCUGUAUGGCAGAGAGCAUCAUGCUGAACCUGGCUGGCCAACUCAUCAUGCUACAGAGAGACCGUUCUGGACCACAGGUACGAGAGAAGGAAGACCAGAAGAAACUGCUGCCGUUCUGUCCUCCCGUGGUUCUGGCUCAGUGUGUCGAGAAUGUGUGGACGACGUGUCGUAGUAACAGGAAGAAGCGCCACCUGCUGGAGGCUCUGUGGCUGUCCUGUGGCGAGGCCGGAAUGAAGGUGUGGCUGCCCCUGUUCCCGCGGGACCACCGUAAGCCCCACUCGUUCCUGUCCCGGCGCAUCAUGCUCCCCUUCCACAUCAACAUCUACCCCCUGGCCGUGUUGUUUGAAGAUGCCCUGGUGCUGGGGGCAUCUAAUGAGACCGUGCUCUAUGACGGCCUGCAGGGUCCCAGAGAGGGCCGGGAGCCUCUUGAGGUGACGUUCCCUUACUGCACGGUGGAGAGGACCUCCCAGAUCUACCUCCACCACAUCCUGCGCCAGCUACUCGUGCGUAACCUGGGAGAGCAGGCCCUGCUCCUGGCCCAGUCCUGCGCGGCGCUCCCCUACUUCCCCCACGUCAUGGAGCUCAUGGUCCACGUGGUGCUGGAGGAGGAGGCCACCUCCCGGGAGCCCAUCCCCGACCCGCUGCUGCCCACCGUGGCCAAAUUCAUCACCGAGUUCCCCCUGUUCCUCCAGACCAUCGUGCACUGCGCCAGGAAGACGGAGUACGCCCUGUGGAACUACCUGUUUGCUGCCGUGGGCAACCCCAAGGAUCUGUUUGAGGAAUGUCUAAUGGCUCAGGACCUGGACACAGCAGCAUCCUAUCUCAUCAUACUGCAGAACAUGGAGGUUCCGGCGGUGAGCAGGCAGCACGCUACGCUGCUCUUCAACACGGCUCUGGAGCAGGGCAAGUGGGACCUCUGUCGUCACAUGAUCCGAUUCCUCAAGGCCAUUGGCUCUGGGGAGAUGGAGACCCCGCCUCCAACACCAACCACUCAGGAACCCAGUUCGACGGGAGGCUUCGAGUUCUUCAGGAACCGCAGCAUCAGUCUGUCCCAGUCAGCUGACGGCAUCGCUGCUGGGAAGUUUAACCUUCAGAAGACCUUUAGCAUGCCCUCCGGGCCCUCCACUAAAGGGUCUGAGCGAUGGAAUAAGGACAGUGACUGUGCUGAGAACAUGUACAUAGACAUGAUGUUAUGGCGUCACGCCCGCCACCUGCUGGAGCAGGUCCGCCUCAAAGACCUAGGCUGUUUCUCUGCCCAGCUGGGCUUCGAGCUGAUUGGCUGGCUGUGCCGCGAGCGCACCCGGGUAGCGCGGCUCGAUGACUUUGUCAUGGCGCUGAAGUGUCUCCACAAGGACUUCCUCUGGCCGUUUCCUGUCAUCCCAGCGUGCUCGACCAGCUCGCCCUUCAAGGACGGACACCGCAAGACGGUGCUGAGCCAGCGGCUGCUAAAGUCCCAGUCAGCAGACAGCCUGUUGAACAGUGACAUGGACACAGCGCCCCCGCAGGCCUCAGCACGCAACAGCAACCACACCUGGCUGGACGGUCUCGGGGCGCUGGGACCGGAGCCUAAAGAGAUGAACACAUCCUCUUCCCACGGGGGGCCACAGACACAGGAGGCCUUCCUCUCUCCACUCACUAACAAAACGGAGGAGUGCAGUAUCGGUUCGGCCACAGACCUGACAGAGACCAGCAGCGUGGUGGAUGGAGACUGGACCAUGGUGGAUGAGAACUUCUCUGCUCUGAGUCUGACCCAGUCUGAGCUGGAACACAUCUCCAUGGAGCUGGCUAACAAGGGGCCUCACAAGUCUCAGGUCCAGCUACGCUACCUGCUGCAUGUGUUCAUGGAGGCGGGCUGUCUGGAGUGGUGUGUUGUGAUUGGUCUGAUCCUGAGAGAGGCCACGGUCAUCAAGCAGGUGGUCAACUUCCUGGACAGCCCAGAGGUUCCUCCUGAGACCGUCCAAAGUAUCCGCUCCGGCCUGCUGGGAGUCGAUGCGUGGGCCUCCACAGACUGCCUGGGCUAUAAACCCUUCUUGAACCUGAUCCGGCCCCAGCUGCAGAAGCUAAUGGAGACUGCUGUGGAGCAGGUCCAGCCUGAAGCCUUCCAGCCAGGGGCUUCCAACCCCAACUCCAAGCUGACUGAGCCCCAGCCCGGAUGCCCCAGGGCGGAGGACAGUAGAGGGCCUGCUCCUUUGGGCCUGGCCCUGCCCUCGGAGCCCCCUGGAGGGUUAGUGACAGAGGACGGAGGAGCUCCAGAGGAGCAGGAGGAGCAGGCGGCGGACGAGGGGGCGUAUGACUGCACCUUGUCCUGACGUGCCCUGUCCUGACCUGGGUCGUGUUCAUUAGCCACCAAAACGGAAGAAAAUGGGCUGAAACAGGGAGGGACUACAUCAAACGUUUUUGCUACGGUGUGUGUGCCCUAAUGACUACAGCCCUGUCCUAACCUCUGACCUUGCUGGGCAGGUAAAGGGGUGUGGUGCGGGUGUGUGAUGGGACACAGGAUGAGAAAGAAGAGGAGGAGGAGGAAGGGAUCCUCAAAGACUGAAUACUCUGCAUUGUGGGUCUCAAACCAGUUUUGUUGGCUGAUGUGGACCCAGAUAUGUUACAUCGACCAUGAGUAUGUGUGUGUGUGUGUGUGUGUGUGUGGUGUGUGUGUGAGAGUAUAUGCUUGUUUAUGUGAGGCUUUUGUGUGUUACCAUACUUUGGGUGUGAAACACAAGGAAGCUCUCUCUUUGUUUCUCUCCUGUCUGCAUACUCAUCCAUCCCAGUGCUGGAACAGGAUCUGAGUGAGUGCAGUAGGUUGAGUGUCAGUAUUAUGGACUUGAGUCACUGCAAACAGCGCUUGCCAGGACACAGCCAAUUCAUAGCACCCAAACAAAAACACCUAAGAUAUCCAAACUGUACGACAGGUGGUUCAAACCUUCUACGUUUAUUCUACUUCCUAUGUGUUCCUUUUUAAAGAAUUCGAUCACAGACCACCAUCACAGAGUACGAGUUUGGGCUCGUCAGGCUUUAUUCUGGAAUGAAGUGUUCGAGCACAAAGCAGGCAGUUUGUUGCAAUUUAGCUUUUUACCAAAAUGUGCUUUUCAGAUCAGAGAAUUGCUCGCUGUCUGUGUUGUGGUCUCGGCUAGGCUUUAGUGACCGUCUAGGUAUAAAUGUAUACUGCUCGGCUGGCUUUUCUGUGUGAUGUGAGCGAAUUCCCAGUCAGAUCACCGUGGCGACUUGUUAGGGAGAGCACAAGAAACAAAAAGCAUCCGUGAUAUUCUCCCGAGAGACCUGUCAAACAAACCUUUUAUUGGCAGCCAUUCCACAGAACUGAACAGUUAAACCUUUAUAUUUUUUCACGGUUUGUACAAAUGUCUAUUGUACUUUUUCGUGGAGUAAGUUCAAGUAUAACUUUGGUACUUCUGGCAAGAAACCGCCCCUGAAACCCACGAACGGUGUUGCCUGGACAUUUUACGAGAUGCGUGUGUUGUGCAAGGGGAGGGGUCUCAUAUUUUCAUACCUCGGGGUGUACAGUGGAUUUUAAAGAUGCUUUAUGAUACUUAUGAUACCUUUGUCGGUAAUGUGGAGGUGUUCUUCAACAUCCAUAGCAUUCAUUUAGGAAUGUCCCCUUAUUACGAUGCUAGACUGUGGCGUGAGAAUGCUCUUGGUCAAGAGCGAAGACGUGGAUUGGUCAUGUAUGUUGAGGAGGGCCUGAUAAGCCCUCAACCGGGGGGGCGGUAGCCCCGAGGUUAGAGCGUUUGGGCCAGUAAGCGAAAGAUUGCUGGUUUGAAUACCGGAAACCGACAAGGUGAUAAAAAUCUGUUGCUGUGCCCUUGAGUAAGGCACUUAACCCUAAUUGCUCCUGUUGCGCUAUACGAUUGUGACCCCACUCCCUGCGGGACACUCGAGGGGAGUUCGGAUAUGCCAACAACAACAACAAACAUUUCCAUUUCAAACGUGUGUAACAGAACUAAUAUAAGCACCCCUCAAAUGGAUUCAAACAAACCAUGACUGUCUAACCAUAUCUGAGGACAAACCACAUUUAUUAUGAGGAUCAUGACCUGCAUCUUCACACACGUACUUGGCUCGAGAAUUGAAACAUUACCGCUCAAUUAAUUGGCUUCGGUCCUGUGGAGGAUCCAAUGGGAAGCAAACCUUAGGAGAAACAAAGCUAUGUUCAUUCACCUUAUAUUGUUAUGCCAGAGUUCACUUUUAUUCACCCCUUUGUAAAGACAAAAAAAAAACUUGUGUUUAACUUAACGUCAUAUAUCGUUAUCGUUUUUAAGGUAGGAUUGUGUUUUAUCUCCUAUCAGUGAUCUUUGUCUUUCCUUGGGAAUUGCUGUGGAGUUGAAGAGGUCCUGGGCUCUUUAAUGAAUACAGAAGACGUCCCAUAGUUUCUAUAAGGACCGAGGUCUAUAAUGUCUUGGUCGUUAUCACCGUGGUAACAUACCAAAACCUUGAUCACGAGCGGUGAUACUGAUAAUAAUGACUUUAGGAGAAUCUCUAACUCUGAAGCGGCUGUGUGUGUACGAUGUACCUGCAAAGACCAAGUAGUAUUGCAUCUGUUAAUGAUUUUGUUUUGUUGACUAAAGUACAGUAUCCUCAGA